GUAUGAAAGCAAAUCUAACAAUUGCGUUUUCGAGUUGUAUUUUAUAUAUAAAAGCCUUAAAUUACAGUUCCUCUUCAGAUAGACCAUAGAAUAAUUAGUAAUUAAAUUGUUGAAAAAAACGUUUGGUUUAUGAUCAAAUAACUGCUUUUGAAGAAGUUUUACGGAAUAAGACACGAAGGUACAUCGCAAAAAGAAGUUUUCCUUAUAAAAGGUAGGUACCUAUAUUUUCAUAUAACGAUUACUAAAUAAUUUACCAAAAUUUAAGCAAUAUAUAUAUAUGAAUAUAUAAAUAAAUAAAGUAAAAAAUACUUUCUUAAAAUUUUAUUUGGUUAAUAACUAAAAUAUUUUAAAAAUGAUUUAAGACGACAUUGAAUGAUGUUAUAAGUGUAAUUUAUAGCCGAAAAAUUGUAUGAAGGACGACUAUCAAAAAAUUAACUAGAAAGGAAUUCGAAAUAUCUAAAGUACGAUAAACUUUAUAAGUUAUUGAAUAUUUAAAAUGUUUCUUUUUUAAAUUUUUUUUAUACCUCUAUUUAUAUCCAAAGUUGAAGAUACAAAUUUGUAAUUAUAAUUAUUUUUAUUAUUUUUAUUUCUGAUUUAUAUGAAGUCAUUAAUUUCAAUACUGUACCUUUCAAUUUUGUUCUUCUAAUAUACCAUUUAAAGUUUAUUAAGCUCGUAAUUUCGCAGGUUUUUUUUUUACCUCGAUCUUUUACUUUUAUUUUAUGUGAAAUGAAUAAUAAUUAAAUACAAUCGAUUGCAUUUAUUCUAAUAACUUCAUUUAUAUUAUAGGUAACAUGAAGGUUUUAAUUGUUUUGGGAUUUGUGGCCAUAGCUAUUAGUGCUGUGUGCUCAAUGACUAUACAUGAUAUUUCAAACGAAUGGAAUUCGUUUAAAGUGUGUACAAAAUACUUAUUUAUCCNAGUAUACAAGAACGCCGAAGAAGAAAUAUUCCGUAAAAAUAUUUACUUAGAAUACAAGAUGAAAAUCGAGAAACACAACAAGUUGUACGAAGAAGGCCAAGUGUCAUACAAAAUAGGAAUAAAUCAAUUUAGUGACUUAGUAUGGACUUUACUAAUUAUUCAUAUAACUAUAUGACUUUUUAAGUCAGGUAUCUCAGUAAUAAUCAAUUCGAAUAAUUAUUAUGAUAUAUUAGACUACUCAAGAAAUUGCUGAAAAAAGGAACAGAUUUAAUUAUUUCAAAAUAAAUGAUAUUGAUGAUGGUGAAUCGGUAAGUUUUUUGAGAUCUAAAAAUGUAAUCAUUCCCAGUUCGGUCGACUGGAGGAAUAUCGGAUACGUGACACCUGUCAAAAACCAAGGUCCUAAUUGCGGAUCGUGCUGGGCGUAUAGUGCUGUAAGUUUUUGUGUUUAAUAUGAUAAUGACAUAAUUUAUCUGUACAUUAUAAUUAUGUUUAUUAAAAAUCAUUUGUCAGAAAUUUGUGAGGAAUUUUAUAAAUAUAAUUUUUAUCUAAACUUAAACAAGGGAUUUGGUAUUAUUAGGUUCCGGUUCCUUUUUAAAAGAAUUUAAAUCAAGGUUCAGGGUCCAGUUAAUACCUUACUUUUUUUUUUUUUAUUUCUUUCUAUGUUUUCGUGCCUAUGAUUAAAUAUUAUAAUGCCAAUACUAGUUAAAAUUCUAUAUUUUGUUCUGCUUUUAUUUGAAUACUUUUUGUGAAUAUUCAAAUUUGAAUUAAAAUUAAAAAUUUGAUUUAAAAUUAUCUACUUGUCAAAAAAACCCAAAAUUCAAAAUUCGACUUCCAUAACAAAAUCUGUGUAAUAUUUAUAAUUAUUUAUUCAACUAAUAUAUUCCUUUUUUGCAUUCAUCUGACCCUAGUUAAUAGUCAAUCAGUUUUUAUUAUUUCAAUCCUCCAUAUCACAUAGUCGUUUUUUUGAUCUUUAUGUACUCCACAUGUACUCAUAUUAUCUAGACAAGUUUUAAUUGUUCAAUUUUUUUUUCUGGCUCUCAUUUUCGUAAUAUACACCAUUUAUAAUGGCAUUGUCAUUGAAGUGGAUGUUGUCGGAAAAUUUCACUAAAAAUUAAACUGCAAGACUGAGAACACGGAACUUUGCUUGCCGGAUAAUUACUCGUCCACUAACCUAUCCGGAAAUUAACUUGAACGAUUUAACAUCCCGGGCAUGAGUAGUUGAUGUAAUAGCUGUGUGUAUGGUUGAGGGGACAAUGUGGCGUUUGGGACUGCAUCCCCGCGUCUCAUUGGUUUGAUACAAAAUAUGCUAAGGGAAUUUCAAGGAAGGAGUUUCUCUCUUCGUCUUACACAAGUAAAAUAUAGGGAUUUAGACGUGUUUUAUUUUCAACUUACCGGUUGGUCUAAUGAAGCAAUACGAACUUUAAAACCAGAUUUGACUUUGUCGUGAAGUCUACUUUAGACCAACCUUCCCACUUUUUUAAAUGUAAUUUCUCAAAACAUUUUAAUAUUCCACAUUAGAUUUUGAGUGGAAUGAAACUAUAGAAAGACUAUUUAAUUAUUUUACUAUAAUAUAACAUAUAUAUAUUGCAAAUAAAACAUCACAAUCAACUAAACUCUGCUCAAAUUCAUUUUUCCUAAGCAAUGUUUUAUCAACGUUAUUACAGACGUUUGACGGUGUUAUCAAAUUGAAUAUAUUUUAAUUUUAGACCGGGGCAUUGGAAGGACAACAUUUCCGGAAGACGGGAAAGCUCGUCUCAUUAAGCGAACAAAAUUUAGUCGAUUGCUCUCAUUGGUUUGGUAAUGAAGGUUGUGAUGGUGGCUUUGCUCAUCGCGCUUUUAGAUAUAUCAAAUAUAAUAGAGGAAUUGAUACUGAGGAUUCGUAUCCUUAUACUGGCAGGGUAAUACUCCAUCGAGUUGUUUAUCACAUAUAGUAGGAUGUUUAUUAAAAAUUUUUUACAGAAAGGAAGGUGCGAGUACAGUUUCAAAUACAGGGCUGCUACCGACAAAGGAUACGUCAAAAUUCCCAGUGGAGACGAAAACCUUCUAAAGGAAGCUGUAGCUACCGUUGGGCCGAUAUCUGUUACCAUAGACUCUUCAGCGCUUGACUUCCUCAUUUAUAAAUCAGGUGUGUUUUACGCGGCUGAUUGUAGUCCUACAGAGUUCGACCACGUUGUACUGGUUGUUGGUUAUAACACCACAGAAUCGGGAGAAGACUAUUGGAUAGUUAAGAAUUCUUGGGGUGAGAAUUGGGGCGAUAAUGGUUAUAUAAUGAUGUCACGUAAUAGGAACAACAACUGUGGUAUCGCAACUUUGGCCACUUAUCCUUUGGUCUAAAUUUAAAAAUAUAUCAAGCGGGACAUAUUUUGUUUGUGUCUUUAGUUUUAAUAAUAAUGUAUCAAUUACAUGUUACAAUAUUAAUAUGUGCAAAUAAUUA